AUGUAUGUGUGUUUGUAUCCGACCCACUGAGUACCUCUCACUCUCUGAGAACCGGAUCUCUCUAUAUCCCCCUCCCAAUCAAACACCCCGCUCGAGCGAGAAGCAAAAGUCUCCCCCCAGAGGAAUAAGGGGAGAAAAAGAAGAAGAGGCUCAUCCUCAGCCCUCUCUCAAGAAGACUCUCAAAGAGAAACAACAAAAAGAGGAAGAAUCAUCGAAAAGAAAGAAGAAAAAGGAGGAAAAAGGAGAGGGGAAGAUAAAAAAAAAACGAGAAAAAGAGAACGAACAGAGAGCCUCCGCUCCCUCCCCCUCUCCUCGUCUCCUCGUCCCCUUUCUCCCUCCUCUCCCCCUCUCUCUCUCUCUCCCCCGUCCUCUCUCCCUCUUCUCUCUCCCCCCUCUCUCUCUCCCCCUCUCUGCCUCUCCCUCCCUCUCUCUUUCUCUCCCUCUCUCCCUUCCUCCCCCCCCCCCCCCUCUCUCUGUAAUAGGAGCCCAGUGGAUGAGGAGGGGGUCCAUGACUUCUUCCUCCACUCCCUACAGCUGUGGCAGGUGAGGCUCUCUAUCUCUCUCUCUCUCCUCUCACACACACAUUAUAUCUCUGUUCUUUCUCACUAUCUCUGUUCCUCUUCCCCAGGUGGCGCUGAAGAGGGUGAGCGGUCGUUUCGGCACCGGCGUCCUCUCCUACUUCCUGUUCGUCAAGACCCUCCUCUUCUUCAACAUCUUCCUGUUCCUGGUCACGGUUUUGUUCCUGGCCCUGCCCCAGACAGUACACCCCCCCAGGUUAACCCAGGGACACGUAGCCUUCUCUGGGCUGGAGCUGCUCUCUGGAGGGGUAAGAACCAGACAUUCACCUCAUACCAAACAUACUGUCCCAUACCCCCAAACAGCACCAGGCAGUACACCCCCCCAGGUUAACCCAGGGACACGUAGCCUUCUCUGGGCUGGAGCUGCUCUCUGGAGGGGUAAGAACCAGACAUUCACCUCAUACCAAACAUACUGUCCCAUACCCCCAAACAGCACCAGGCAGUACACCCCCCCAGGUUAACCCAGGGACACGUAGCCUUCUCUGGGCUGGAGCUGCUCACUGGAGGGGUAAGAACCAGACAUUCACCUCAUACCAAACAUACUGUCCCAUACCCCCAAACAGCACCAGGCAGUACACCCCUCCAGGCUGCUCACUGGAGGAGUAUCCUCAUACCAAACAUACCUCCCCCUCUCCGUCCCCCGUCUCACUCUCUCCCUCCUCUCUCUCUCUCUCUCUCUCUCUCUCUCUCUCUCCCCCUCUCCCCAGGGUUAUUUCUCAGACUCAGUGAUGUACUAUUGUUACUAUAGUAACUCUACCCUGUAUAAGAACUGUAGUGUCAGUAGUAGCGGUAUGGACCAGCAGCCCAGUCACUCUCCAUCUAAAAGGACAAUGGAAACAGACUGUGGAGUGAAGCUGUCCUACAACAUGCCCCUGGCGUACUUCUUCACCAUAGGAGGAGCUUUCUUCAUCACCUGCAUCAUCCUCGUCUACAGGUGUGUGUGUGUGGGGGGGGGGGGGGGGGUGUCUCUGUCUUUCAUCAGAGAGAGAGAGAGACUACUUCAGUGUACACUGAGUAUACCAAACAUUAGGAACACCUUCCUAAUACUGAGUUGCACCCCCUUUUGCCCUCAGAACAGCCUCAAUUUGUCAGGGUUAUGGACUCUACAAGGUGUUGAAAGCGUUCCACAGGGAUGCGCUGGCCCAUGUUGACUCCAAUGCUUCCCACAGUUGUGUCAAGUUGGCUGGAUGUCCUUUGGGUGGUGGGCCAUGCUUGAUACACACGGGAAACUGUUGAGCGUGAAAAACCCAGCAGCGUUGCAGUUCUUGACACACUCAAACCGGUGCACCUGGCACCUACUACCAUACCCUGUUCGAAGGCACUUCAAUCUUUUGUCUUGUCCAUUCACCCUCUGAAUUGCACACAUACACAAUCCAUGUCUCAAUUGUCCCAAGGCUUAAAAACCCUUCUGUAAAAUGUCUCCUCCCCUUCAUCUACACUGAUUGAAGUGGAUUUAACAAGUGACAUCAAUUAGGGAUCAUAGUUUUCACCUGGAUUCACCUGGUCAGUCUGUCAUGGAAAGAGCAGGUGUUCCUAAUGUUUUGUACACUCAGUGUAUUUAGAUGUUAAAUGACAGGACUUACAGGACUAACAGUUCACAAAGUAAGGGGUGUGUGUGUGUCCUCCCCCCAGCAUGUCCAAGUCGUUUGGUCAGAGUUUCCGUAUAGACAAGUCUCAUGGUAUCCUGGCGAUGAAGGUGUUCACUUCCUGGGACUUUAAAGUCAUCAAGAAGACCUCCGUCAAACUCCGCUCUGAAAACAUCUGCACUCAACUCAAGGUAGGGACACGUACAGAUGCACGCUCCUUUGACACGUACACACACAGUUUGUGGUUGUCCGGUAUCCUUUUGAACUUCCAGGUCAAUAUCGAGCUACUCCAGUUUGUUUUCUUUUAAUUUGUCAAAGGACAUUCUCCUUACAGCGUCCUAUACAUCCCACACACACUCCCAUACACACACACACUCCCAUACACACACACACUCCCAUACACACACACACACACACACUCCCAUACACACACACACUCCCACACUCUCCCAUACACUCUCAUACACACAUACACUCCCAUCACACAUACACACACAUGCAAUAAUGUUGUUAGUCAGUCAGGAAUGUGAUGACAUAAGAUAUUUGUUUUGUUUUGCAAAAAACUUGAAGAGGAAAAAGCUAAUUCGCCUAAUUAAUCAUGAUCAGUUGUUAGAGGAGACUAAUCGUAACCAUGUCUCUCUCUCUCUCUCUCUCUCUGUAGGAGUUGUUGGAGGAGACUAAUCGUAACCAUGUCUCUCUCUCUCUCUCUCUGUAGGAGUUGUUGGAGGAGACUAAUCGUAACCAUGUCCCUCUCUCUGUAGGAGUUGUUGGAGGAGACUAAUUGUAACCAUGUCUCUCUCUCUCUGUAGGAGUUGUUGGAGGAGACUAAUCGUAACCAUGUCUCUCUCUCUGUCUGUAGGAGUUGUUGGAGGAGACUAAUCGUAACCAUGUCCCUCUCUCUGUAGGAGUUGUUGGAGGGACUAAUCGUAACCAUGUCUCUCUCUCUGUAGGAGUUGUUGGAGGAGACUAAUCGUAACCAUGUCUCUCUCUCUGUCUGUAGGAGUUGUUGGAAGAGACUAAUCGGAAGCAUGUCUCUCUCUCUCUGUAGGAGUUGUUAGAGGAGACUAAUCGUAACCAUGUCUCUCUCUCUCUCUGUCUGUAGGAGUUGUUGGAAGAGACUAAUCGGAAGCAUGUCUCUCUCUCUCUCUGUAGGAGUUGUUAGAGGAGACUAAUCGUAACCAUGUCUCUCUCUGUCUGUAGGAGUUGUUGGAGGGACUAAUCGUAACCAUGUCUCUCUCUCUGUAGGAGUUGUUGGAGGAGACUAAUCGUAACCAUGUCUCUCUCUCUGUCUGUAGGAGUUGUUGGAGGAGACUAAUCGUAACCAUGUCUCUCUCUCUGUCUGUAGGAGUUGUUGGAGGAGACUAAUCGUAACCAUGUCUCUCUCUCUGUAGGAGUUGUUGGAGGAGACUAAUCGUAACCAUGUCUCUCUCUCUCUCUGUCUGUAGGAGUUGUUGGAGGAGACUAAUCGGAAGCAUGUCCAGAAGACAGUGUGUCAGAGAAUAGGACGUGUGACAGUACAUGGUCUGGCAUGGUUCAUCUGUAUAGGCAGUACUGUGGCCUGUGUUCUAGCUCUGUACUACUUCUCUGCAGUGGCGGCUCCUGAAAAAAUUCUCAGGGGGGGCAAUUUUUCUGAUGAUUUAGGUGACCUACACACAUUUUAAAAAAGAUAUGUCCAGCAACAACAUGAAGACAGGGGCAGCAUAUAAGUCAAUACUGAUAUACACAUUACUUGCUUCAAAAAGGCCUCAUGGUUGAAUUGGAAAUAUGUGCACCUGAGCAAGCAGGAGCUUUUGAUAGAGGCUACUGAAAACAUUGAUGCAAGUUAUUGGUAAUAAGAAAUUUUUAUAGACUUCCAUAUUCUGCCCUCUUGUAUAGAUUUGUGAAAAUGAACAGUGAUAGACAUUUUGCCUGAAAACAGAAUUUGAAAAUAAUUUAUAGAAAAGGUAAACACAGCUAUCUGUAUGGCUUUGUAAAUAUGAACAACCAUAUUCUGGCCAAUUGUAUAGAUUUGUAAAAAAAAUUGUUUACUUUUUUUAAAAUGAAAAAUAACUAUUUUAAACAACAUCAACUGUGAACUGAUUUGGGCGUGUGUGUGUUAAAGAGACAGACAGGGAGGGACAAAGAGAGAGAGAGGCUACAUUACUUGUACUGAAACUGUUCUCUUCUCUCUUUCAAUGCAGCAAAGCGGUCAAUGACUUUCUCAUUGAAAUCAGGCAUGCUGAGGACUAGUUUACUAGUUACUUUUUAGCUUGCUGCAUGAUCAAAUUCAGCUGAUGCGCAUAGCAAUGCACGUAAUGGCCUUUCUUGAAAUGCUCACGCACCUUUUGCCUUCUCUCGCCUCAUCACACUGGCUCCAUCGUAAGCUUGCGCAAUGAGUUUGACUUUCACGUCGUCGGCAAAAAGACCGUUCAGUCUCUCCAAAAGCACACUGGCGAUUGAGACUGAGGUUGAUUCCGAGAUGGGAAGGAACUCAAAAAAGCGCUCCUGCACUUUGUGGUUGUCUCUUUGAUGUGAACUUCUUUCAAAGAGACAAUCGAGUUGCACUGAACGCUAUAGCCAUCUUGAUAGUAGUACGUGAAUUGAUUGAUGCUGCUACCCGCUCUUUUCUUAGUUACGUUCAUGGUUACGUUACGUAUGACGAAAGCGCGUAAGUGCAAGCCCUCAGAAACCCAUAGAGAUUGUAUUGAAAGCUCUGAAAUUUGAAAAAAAUAGAUUUUACAUGGGAGUCUAUGACAGACUUCUGGGCGAUUUUCAACCUGACUGAAAUCGCCCCAAAAGGGGGGGGGGGGGGGCAUUUGAAGCACGACUUUAGCCUGAUUGGACAUUUAGUGGCAGUGUGGCACUGUGGCAGAUCAGACGUCUAGAUUACAACACUGAUAACUACUGUUGCCGUGAUAUAAUUGAUUAGAAAAAAAAAUCCCUUCCUUUUCCCGUUUGGCAGUGCGUCGCCCAUAUCGCCCUAUUGAACACACCGCCCCUGCUUCUCUGAGUACAUGCACAAGGUAAGAGACACACUUUUUCAGAUCCUGUACAUUGCUUUCAUCCUCCACUUUCAUCUUCCACCUUCACACCUUCUUCCUCCCUCUCUAGGACCUCCAGUACAGAUCUCGUAUUCCCACUAAGGACCCUCUCCUGAAGGAAGCCAGUCUGUUAGCCCUGCCAGUCGUAGUGUCUCUCAUCAACCUCCUGCUCCCUGGCCUCUUCAACGCUACUGCCUGGAUGGAGGAGUACGACUCGCCCAGCGUACACACAUACGUCUCCAUCAGCAGGUAGAGGGGUGGAACUGCAGUCCACAAACUUAAUUUAGACGUUUUUGUGUGGAUGGAGGAGUAUGACUCCCCCAUCGUACGCACAUACAUCGCCAUCUGUAGGUAGAGGGGUGGAAGUGCAUCCUACAGACGUAAUGGGAAGUUAAUGGAGAGUUUAUGGAAAUCAAGAGUCUUGCUAGUUGACAGAAGUGUGUGUGUUUGUCUGUGUGUUCUAAACAUUUAAAAAAUCUACUAUUUGUGUGUUUGAGGAACCUGAUGUUGAAAGUGAGCGUGCUCGUAGUGCUGUGCUUCCAUUGGCUGGGCCGGAUCGCUUCUGACCCCAACAGCAUCGGCCUGCAGGUGAGAGGAACAUUUGCGUUCCAGCAUUCCGAUUCUGUCCCAACAUUCCAAUUACAGCAUUAUCAACUCGACAGUGUCCAGAACUAUUUUGCUCAAAAUGAAAUCUGUGCUGCUGUUAUGACUGGUGUCUCCUGUGUUGUUGUUGAUAUUGAUGAUGUUGAUAUUGUUGAUAUUGAUGAUGUGGUUAAUAUUGAUGUUGUUGAUAUUGAUGAUGAUGUUGAUAUAUAGUCCUGUGUAGCUCAGUUGGUAGAGCAUGGCGCUUGCAACGCCAGGGUUGUGGGUUCGAUUCCCACGGGGGGCCAGUAUGAAAAUGUAUGCACUCACUAACUGUAAGUCGCUCUGGAUAAGAGCGUCUGCUAACUGAAUAAAUUGUCAAAUGUAAAUAUUGUUGUUGUUGUUGAUGUAGUUUCUUGUGUUGUUGUUGUCAGUGCUGGGAGAGUUUUGUAGGACAGGAGCUGUACCGCUUCCUCCUCAUGGAUUUCAUCUUUACCAUACUGGACACCUUCUUUGGAGAGUUCCUCUGGAGGUGGGUACUCUGUCUGUCUCUCUCUCUCUCUCUGUCUGUCUCUUGUCUCUCUCUCUCUCUCGCUCUCUGUCUCUCUCUCUCCCUCAUAUUUUCUUGCUCAUAAACUCGGCAACUCUUUCAACGCAUUAUACAGUCUCUAUCGCUUUCUUUCCCAUUCUCAAUCCUUUAUCCCUUAUUAUUCUCUCUCCUUCUCUCCCUCUCUCCUUCUCUCUCUCUCCUGCAGGUUGUUUUCUCAGAGGGUGUUGAAGAGGAAAAGGAAGCCGGUGUUUGACAUCGCCAGGAACGUGUUGGAACUCAUCUACGGACAGACACUGGCCUGGUAUGACCUCUAACCCUGGCCCUAAACCUAACCUUAACCCUACACCUAGCCUUAACCCUGGCCUGGUAUGACCUCUAACCCUGGCCCUAAACCUAACCUUAACCCUACACCUAGCCUUAACCCUGGCCUGGUAUGACCUCUAACCCUGGCCCUAAACCUAACCUUAACCCUACACCUAGCCUUAACCCUGGCCUGGUAUGACCUCUAACCCUGGCCCUAAACCUAACCUUAACCCUACACCUAGCCUUAACCCUGGCCUGGUAUGACCUCUAACCCUGGCCCUAAACCUAACCUUAACCCUACACCUAGCCUUAACCCUGGCCUGGUAUGACCUCUAACCCUGGCCCUAAACCUAACCUUAACCCUACACCUAGCCUUAACCCUGGCCUGGUAUGACCUCUAACCCUGGCCCUAAACCUAACCUUAACCCUACACCUAGCCUUAACCCUGGCCUGGUAUGACCUCUAACCCUGGCCCUAAACCUAACCUUAACCAUACACCUAGCCUUAACCCUGGCCUGGUAUGACCUCUAACCCUGGCCCUAAACCUAACCUUGUACACUUGAGUCUCUGUGUUGUGGAGGUUGGGGUGUUGUAGUGAUGUAUCAUGUCUGUGUUGGGGUGUUGUAGUGAUGUUGUAUUGUCUGGAGGUUGGGGGGGUUGUAGUGAUGUUGUAUCAUGUCUGUUGUGGAGGUUGGGGGUGUUGUAGUGAUGUUGUAUCAUGUCUGUUGUGGAGGUUGGGGGUGUUGUAGUGAUGUUGUAUCAUGUCUGUUGUGGAGGUUGGGGGUGUUGUAGAGAUGUUGUAUCAUGUCUGUGUUGUGGGGGUGUUGUAGUGAUGUUGUAUCAUGUGUGUUGUGGAGGUUGGGGGUGUUGUAGUGAUGUUGUAUCAUGUCUGUGUUGUUGAGGUUGGGGUGAUGUUGUAUCAUGUCUGUGUUGUGGAGGUUGGGGGUGUUGUAGUGAUGUUGUAUGAUGUCUGUGUGUAGGUUGGGGGUGUUGUAGUGAUGUUGUAUCAUGUCUGUGUUGUGGAGGUUGGGGUGAUGUUGUAUCAUGUCUGUGUUGUGGAGGUUGGGGUUGUUGUAGUGAUGUUGUAUGAUGUCUGUGUGUAGGUUGGGGGUGUUGUAGUGAUGUUGUAUCAUGUCUGUGUUGUGGAGGUUGGGGUGAUGUUGUAUCAUGUCUGUGUUGUGGAGGUUGGGGUGAUGUUGUAUCAUGUCUGUGUUGUGGAGGUUGGGGGUGUUGUAGUGAUGUUGUAUCAUGUCUGUGUUGUGGAGGUUGGGGGGGUUGUAGUGAUGUUGUAUCAUGUCUGUUGUGGAGGUUGGGGGUGUUGUAGUGAUGUUGUAUCAUGUAUGUGUUGUGGAGGUUGGGGGGUUGUAGUGAUGUUGUAUCAUGUCUGUGUUCUGGAGGUUGGGGGUGUUGUAGUGAUGUUGUAUCAUGUCUGUUGUGUAGGUUGGGGGUGUUGUAGUGAUGUUGUAUCAUGUCUGUGUUGUGGAGGUUGGGGGGGGUUGUAGUGAUGUUGUAUCAUGUCUGUUGUGUAGGUUGGGGGUGUUGUAGUGAUGUUGUAUCAUGUCUGUGUUGUGGAGGUUGGGGGGGUUGUAGUGAUGUUGUAUCAUGUCUGUGUUGUGGAGGUGGGGGGGGGGGUUGUAGUGAUGUUGUAUAAUGUCUGUGUUGUGGAGGUUGGGGGUGCUGUAGUGAUGUUGUAUCAUGUCUGUGUUGUGUAGGUUGGGGGUGUUGUAGUGAUGUUGUAUCAUGUCUGUGUUGUGGAGGUUGGGGGUGUUGUAGAGAUGUUGUAUCAUGUCUGUUGGGGGGGUUGUAGUGAUGUUGUAUCAUGUCUGUGUUGUGGAGGUUGGGGGUGUUGUAGUGAUGUUGUAUCAUGUCUGUUGUGGAGGUUGGGGGUGUUGUAGUGAUGUUGUAUCAUGUCUGUGUUGUGGAGGUUGGGGGUGUUGUAGUGAUGUUGUAUCAUGUCUGUUGUGUAGGUUGGGGGUGUUGUAGUGAUGUUGUAUCAUGUCUGUGUUGUGGAGGUGGGUGGGGGGGUUGUGGUGAUGUUGUAUCAUGUCUGUGUUGUGGAGGGGGGGUUGUAGUGAUGUUGUAUAAUGUCUGUUGUGUAGGUUGGGGGUGUUGUAGUGAUGUUGUAUCAUGUCUGUGUUGUGGAGGUUGGGUGUUGUAGUGAUGUUGUAUCAUGUCUGUGUUGUGGAGGUUGGGGGUGUUGUAGUGAUGUUGUAUCAUGUCUGUUGUGUAGGUUGGGGGUGUUGUAGUGAUGUUGUAUAAUGUCUGUUGUGUAGGUUGGGGGUGUUGUAGUGAUGUUGUAUCAUGUCUGUGUUGUGGAGGUUGGGGGUGUUGUAUUGAUGUUGUAUCAUGUCUGUGUUGUGGAGGUUGGGGGUGUUGUAGUGAUGUUGUGUAGGUUGGGGUGUUGUAGUGAUGUUGUAUGAUGUCUGUUGUGUAGGUUGGGGGUGUUGUAGUGAUGUUGUAUCAUGUGUGUUGUGGAGGUUGGGGGUGUUGUAGUGAUGUUGUAUGAUGUCUGUGUUGUGGAGGUUGGGGGUGUUGUAGUGAUGUUGUAUCAUGUAUGUGUUGUGGAGGUUGGGGGUGUUGUAGUGAUGUUGUGUAGGUUGGGGUGUUGUAGUGAUGUUGUAUGAUGUCUGUUGUGUAGGUUGGGGGUGUUGUAGUGAUGUUGUAUCAUGUCUGUGUUGUGUAGGUUGGGGGUGUUGUGGUGAUGUUGUAUCAUGUCUGUGUUGUGUAGGUUGGGGGUGUUGUAGUGAUGUUGUAUCAUGUCUGUGUUGUGUAGGUUGGGGGUGUUGUAGUGAUGUUGUAUCAUGUCUGUGUUGUGUAGGUUGGGGGUGUUGUGGUGAUGUUGUAUCAUGUAUGUGUUGUGGAGGUUGGGGGUGUUGUAGUGAUGUUGUAUCAUGUCUGUUGUGGAGGUUGGGGGUGUUGUAGUGAUGUUGUAUCAUGUCUGUGUUGUGGAGGUUGGGGGUGUUGUAGUGAUGUUGUAUCAUGUCUGUUGUGUAGGUUGGGGGUGUUGUAGUGAUGUUGUAUCAUGUCUGUGUUGUGGAGGUGGGUGGGUGGGGGGGUUGUGGUGAUGUUGUAUCAUGUCUGUGUUGUGGAGGGGGGGUUGUAGUGAUGUUGUAUAAUGUAUGUGUUGUGUAGGUUGGGGGUGUUGUAGUGAUGUUGUAUCAUGUCUGUGUUGUGGAGGUUGGGUGUUGUAGUGCUGUUGUAUCAUGUCUGUGUUGUGGAGGUUGGGGGUGUUGUAGUGAUGUUGUAUCAUGUCUGUUGUGUAGGUUGGGGGUGUUGUAGUGAUGUUGUAUAAUGUCUGUUGUGUAGGUUGGGGGUGUUGUAGUGAUGUUGUAUCAUGUCUGUGUUGUGGAGGUUGGGUGUUGUAGUGAUGUUGUAUCAUGUCUGUGUUGUGGAGGUUGGGGGUGUUGUAUUGAUGUUGUAUCAUGUCUGUGUUGUGGAGGUUGGGGGUGUUGUAGUGAUGUUGUGAUUGUUGGGGUGUUGUGGUGAUAUUGUAUGAUGUCUGUUGUGUAGGUUGGGGGUGUUGUAGUGAUGUUGUAUCAUGUGUGUUGUGGAGGUUGGGGGUGUUGUAGUGAUGUUGUAUGGUGUCUGUGUUGUGGAGGUUGGGGGUGUUGUAGUGAUGUUGUAUCAUGUAUGUGUUGUGGAGGUUGGGGGUGUUGUAGUGAUGUUGUGUAGGUUGGGGUGUUGUAGUGAUGUUGUAUGAUGUCUGUUGUGUAGGUUGGGGGUGUUGUAGUGAUGUUGUAUCAUGUCUGUGUUGUGUAGGUUGGGGGUGUUGUAGUGAUGUUGUAUCAUGUCUGUGUUGUGUAGGUUGGGGGUGUUGUAGUGAUGUUGUAUCAUGUCUGUGUUGUGUAGGUUGGGGGUGUUGUGGUGAUGUUGUAUCAUGUAUGUGUUGUGGAGGUUGGGGGUGUUGUAGUGAUGUUGUGUAGGUUGGGGUGUUGUAGUGAUGUUGUAUGAUGUCUGUUGUGUAGGUUGGGGGUGUUGUAGUGAUGUUGUAUCAUGUGUGUUGUGGAGGUUGGGGGUGUUGUAGUGAUGUUGUAUGAUGUCUGUGUUGUGGAGGUUGGGGGUGUUGUAGUGAUGUUGUAUCAUGUAUGUGUUGUGGAGGUUGGGGGUGUUGUAGUGAUGUUAUGUAGGUUGGGGUGUUGUAGUGAUGUUGUAUGAUGUCUGUUGUGUAGGUUGGGGGUGUUGUAGUGAUGUUGUAUCAUGUAUGUUGUGGAGGUUGGGGGUGUUGUAGUGAUGUUGUAUCAUGUCUGUGUUGUGGAGGUUGGGGGUGUUGUGGUGAUGUUGUAUCAUGUGUGUUGUGGAGGUUGGGGGUGUUGUAGUGAUGUUGUCUGUGUUGUGUAGGUUGGGGGUGUUGUAGUGAUGUUGUAUCAUGUCUGUGUUGUGGAGGUUGGGGGUGUUGUGGUGAUGUUGUAUCAUGUCUGUGUUGUGUAGGUUGGGGGUGUUGUUCACUCCUCUGCUUCCUGCUGUACAGAUCAUCAAACUACUGCUUCUCUUCUACAUGAAGAAGGUACAUAAACCUCUGUUUUGAUCACUGUGCCAUGAUCAUCCUGGUAACUGGACUAUGUAGAAUACUUACUAUGGAACUACAACUGAACGUCAACUGACCUUGAACCUUGUCUUGACUCUGUACCUUGAUCAAACGGUUCUCUGACAGUAUUCUCCCCCCCACCAGACUAGUGUAAUGAUGAACUGCCAGUCCCCUAGGAAGCCCUAUAGAGCCAGUCAGAUGACCACCAUCUUCAUCACACUCCUCUGCUUCCCUUCAUUCCUGGGGGCUGCCGUGUGUGUUACCUACACUAUGUGGAGGUAGGGAGAUGGACUGGUGUCAGUAACACACUCUGAUGUCAGUAACACACUCUGAUGUCAGUAACACACUCUGAUGUCAGUAACACACUCUGGUGUCAGUAACACACUCGGGUGUCAGUAACACACUCUGGUGUCAGUAACACACUCGGGUGUCAGUAACACACUCGGGUGUCAGUAACACACUCUGGUGUCAGUAACACACUCACUGAACAUAUUGAACACACAUUAGCAAAUUCAAACACACAUAUACCUGCAAUAUACAGUAUUCACAUUGAUCUACUAUAAUAUCUAAAUACCUUCCUCCCCUCCUCUCCCUCCAGUAUCCGUCCGUCUGAGUCACACACACACACACACACACACACACACACACACACACACACACACACACACACACACACACACACACACACACACACACACACACACACACACACACACACACACACACACACACACACACACACACACACACACACACACACACACACACACACACACACACACACACACACACACACACACACACACCACACACACACACACACACACACACACACACACACACACCUACCUUUCCUGGCUAGCCCGGGCUCACUAAAUCGUGGAGAACCCUCUGUUUCUGUUCCUGGUGUCUUCCUGUGAGUGGGAUGAUUCUGUGAAUGAUUUGACACAAACUAAGUUCCUUCAGGAUGUUUUGAUCAUUUCCAUUUCUGUCAGUAUCUCUGUAUAAUAGAAAGUUAUUGUGAUUUAGUGUGUUUUCAUACACUCUCUCUCUUUGUCUCUCUCAGGGUAGUGAUUUACUUCAACACCCAGGUGGUGGAUGGACAGAGGAAGAUCAUCAGUCUGCUGCAGGAGCAGAUAGAAAACGUAAUGUCUCAACUAAUGGGACUUAACCCUUUAUAACAUACACCUCCUUUUAUUACAAUACUAAUGUCAUAAUAACACUGUAAUACAUAUUUACCUUUAGAAAACAUCUGAAACCCUACCUCUUCAAAUAGUAUUUUAAAUAAUCCCAAAUAGAGACUUUGCUGAUAGUACAUUUUUUUCUCAAUAAAGUAGCUUACUAUGACAUGUGGUUGUGCCACCUAGCUAUCUUAAGAUGAAUGCAUUAACUGUAAGCUGCUCUGGAUAAGAGCGUCUGCUAAAUGACUAAAAUGUCAAUGUAGAAAAUGUACGUUCAACACUCUGUGUAUACAAGCACUUAACUUGACAUAAAGGAUUCCAACACUGUGUAUAAUGUGUUAAUUGCCAGCUACAUAGUUGUUGCCUGGUAACCUGUUCUAACACUGUGUAUAUUGUGUUAAUUGCCAGCUACAUGGUUGUUGCCUGGUAACCUGUUCUAACACUGUGUAUAAUGUGUUAAUUGCCAGCUACAUGGUUGUUGCCUAGUAACCUGUUCUAACACUGUGUAUAAUGUGUUAAUUGCCAGCUACAUGGUUGUUGCCUGGUAACCUGUUCAUUCUCUCUCUAGGAGGGGGAGGAUAAGAAGUUCCUGAUCACUCGUCUCCAGGCCAUCCACCAGCAGAAACCACCCUUCUCUCCUCGCAGACUCACCAGUCAGGCCAGUCAGGUGUGUGUGUGUGUGUGUGAGAUAAAUAAAAAAAGAGAGGGAGUGUGUGUGUGUGUGUGUGUGUGUGUGAGUGUGUGUGUGUGUGUGUAUGUGUGUGUGUGCAUGCAUGCAUUAUUUUGUUCCCAAUUUCUUCUGGCUCACAUUUCUGACAACACUCUUUCUCCUGUCUUCUUCCCAGGAUUCCAACGGCUAGCAUUCCCACUACUUCUCUCCCAUCUCAGUGGAGGGCAUAUCUCGGAAGAUCUCUGAAUAUCCUUUUUUGGAAAUGUCCUGGAUGGAACAAAACUGGAUAUACCUCUCCUCUCCUGCCUCUGGGAAGAGUUGUUAA